AUGUCAAGACCUACGAGAGAACGCAAACCCGCUCCUGUCUUUGGGAGCUACGUCUCAUCCGAUCGAAUGUACGGAUCAGAUGAUGAAGGGGAGGAUGAGAUCAACGCUGAUGGUGAUGAUGAUGAUGAUGUGGAAGGUGAUGAUGAGUAUGGUGUAGAGGUGGAGGAAGCAGAAUCGGAAGUUGAAGAAGUCGAUAGUGAGAAGGAAGAGGAAGGCAGUGAAUAUGAGGAAGAGGAAGAAGAGAAAACUAGUAAAAAAUCAAGAAAAUCUUCUACUUCAGCAAAAGAUACCCAAAGAAAAUCUACUGCCACUAAAGAAAACAAAUCCGAUUCAAAAGCAAAACCUAAACCGAGAAGCAAACCUGCUUCAUCUACCGCUGCCACCAACAAGGGCAAGAAAGGUAAAGAUGAUAAAGAAGUACAGAAGGAAGUCAAAAAGAUUGAACUCAAAUCAGGUCCAAUCAAGAAAAAAUCGAAGAAGAUCGUCGAGUCUGAUAUUGAGACUGAAGUCCCGUCGGAUCAUGAACAAGAGAUAGAAGACCAUGAGGAACAUGAUGAAGGUGAAGGUUCGGAUGGAGAUGAGGGAGAUGCGAAGAAAUUGGUAAAGAAGGAACAACCGAAGAAGAUGGCGACCACCGGAAUUGUUCGAAAGCGAGUUGGGAAAAUUGAAUCCCCUGGAGCAUCGGAUGAAGAAGCUGUAUCCAAGGCAGAAGACGACAUAAACGAUGAGGGGAUCGCUACUGAUACCGACGAACCUCGCAUGACAUCGAAGAAGAGUUCGUCAACAACCACCAAGGCUGCUUCCACCAAAAAAGUCAAACCUCCAAUUCCUCUUCUAAAACCAGCCGUUACCAUGAAAUCGACGAAUACCAAAUUACCCGCUCCUAAAGUGCCCAAAAACAAGAUUCACCUUGCUCCGUCUUCAGGCUCCUCGGUUACUUCUGGCGUCAAGCCAACUGCAAAAGCCUCCACUGCUGCAAAGAAAGGUAAUGGUAAAUUCACUCCACUCUUGCCGAAGAGUUUCAGCAUUGCACCAUCCUCAGCAUCAUCGUCCUUCACCACUCCAUCUGCCAUCGUGGCCAAAAAGGCUCAAAAUGCGUCCACGAAGAAGAUCAAGGAGGGUAAAGAAGAAAAGUCGGAUGACAAGGAAGAGAAAACUGUCAAGAAAUCUACAAAAGGUAAAGUAGAGAAGGUAAACAUCAAGGAGGAUAAGGCUUCUGUUAAAGCAACCAUUAAACCUAAAGUAGAAGUGAAGAAAGGAAAACCUCAAGGUAACAGUACAAAGAAGGAAGGACCAGCAGAGGAUGCGGAGGAUGAAAUGGUCAGUGGCGACGAGGAGACCGAAAGAUUGUCUCUCGAUCCUGGCUCAUCUGACGAGGCUGGGGAAUCCGGGAGUAUCGCACAAAACAUAUCGGAUCUGGAGUCCUCAAAAGUUGAAAGGCGAGCAGGAAACAGCUCAAGUGGUAGAAGAGAUGAAGCUGAUCAAGCCGAGACUCCCGAGAAAAAGUCGAAGUCUAACUCUUCGAAGGGUCAAGGUAAAGCUGCUGCUCAAGAGGAAGCCUCCGACAAGAAUAUAAAGAGAAAGAUCAGUGAAACCCAAUUACCCGAAGAAGAUGAGUCAGGCGAAGACGAGAAAAAAGAUAGCGGAGAAGCUUUCGGAUCAAAGGUCGAGGAGGAUGCUUCUGGAGAUGAUCAAGAGAGGGCCUCGCAACAUGGAGGAUCAGAAGCCGGUUCUUCACAACUAUCUGCCAGCUCAAAGCGAAAAGGCUCUGGCGGGAAGAAGGUCGUUAAAGCUGGCUAUGCAGCUCCGAGAAGAUCUGACGAGCUCAAGAAGAAAAGCUCAUCUAAGGAAAAGGAUGUCCCAAAGCAGGCAGAAGACGACGCUGAGAUGGAUGUUGAUGAAGACCAACCAUUCUCGCCUGCAAAAGAGGAGAGUAGCAACAUUCAGCUCGUGGCUUAUCCAACUCCCGUCACUCCACCCAAACGAAAGGAAGUCUCAUCACCUUCUACCCCAUGCCCCUCGCCCAAAAGAACACCUUCGGCUACUAAGAUUCCCUCAUCUGUCAGAGGGUCAAUUAUCUCUUAUCUUCUGGACUCAAAAUUUACCAAAACUCUGGCUUUCACAUCGAUCGAGACGCCCACAUACAAUUCUACGAAGUUGGCAAGACAUUGGAGAGAGGUACUGGCUCCUGAGCUCCAGAAGCAUUUUGAAGGUAAAUCACCGAAGAAAGGAAAAGCGUCGAUCGACAAGGGUUUGAGAAUCAAGAUCUGGGAAUUGGUGACUAAGAAUUACGAAAAAGUAGACUGGAAAUCCAUCGAAGAAGAGAAUCAAGAGUUUACUACUACCAAACUGAAGAGACAUUUCAGAGAAGCUAUGGUCAAAGAGGGUAAGAAGUAUAUCGAGAGCUGUUAA